AUGUCAACGACAACCUCAAACUCCCAGCCCAACGGCUCUUCCUCUUCGACCGCCAUCAACAUCCCAGUCCCGAUCUCUCUGACAAGCACAAACCCCACGCUCCCACCGGCGACGUCACAAGCCCUAAUUGCACAUCUCCGAGCGACCGGCAGCAUUUCAGAACUCAGUGCCGUCCUGGCCGACUCGCUCGCCCGCACUGGCUGGACGGAUCGGGUGCGCGCCUUGUCCCUAGAACUCCUCCGCAACGGCACGUGUGAUACAUUCCCCGAGUUGAUGUCCGAAGUCCUUCGGCGAGCGAAGAUCCCCAAGUCUCAACAGCAAGGAGAUAACAAUCCAGGAAGUGGGAAGGGUGGGCCGAAUGGAACAGCGGCGGCCAGCAAAUCCAAGACAGGAACGGCGAAUGGCACAACCACACCGGUGGCCAACGGUGUUCACGGCAAUGGAGCGAUCGCUCUUAGCAAGGAGUGGUCAGGAGGACCUGACGGUCUACCGGAUGUGAGGAUACCAGAGGCUACUGUUGAGAUUGGGGUCGACUUCCUUAAGGAGAGGAUCAAGGACGCGGUCGAACCCGUGGACGACGACAGUGAUUAA